CCAGCUCCUCAUGCCACUCAUCCUGGCCUCUACAUUCCUCCUCUUGCUGCAUUCUCUUCUCAGCGCACAGUGAUCAGAAGCGAUCCGUACGACUCGAUCGUGAGAAAGAGCUCCGCUGGAUCGGGCGUUUCCCGGCCUGAUCGAGAUGGCUGCCGGAGCAGAGAGCGUCCGGCCGUCCGCCGGCGACGUGGAGGUGUUGCCCGCGCUCCUCGCCAUGGAGAAGGAUAUGACGGUGGACCCGGUGAUCUGGGGCGACGAGGAGCGGAUGAAGAGGGAGCUCAUGGCCUGGGCCAAGGCCGUCGCGUCCAUGGCGCUCAACGCCUCGCCCGCGCCGCCGACUCCCACCAGACACGGGGCCAAGUGCACGACUUGAUUAGACACCCAGUGUGCUGCAUAGAUAUAGCUUCUGGAUCGACGUCCUGCCUUGUGCGUGUUAAUUUAUUUCGCUGGAGGCUGGAGCGCGCAUGACACACCAUACGGAAUCAUGGCAGAUAUAUGUGUGCCAUCUUUUCUUGGCUAGCUUAUGAUGUACGAUAAAGCCUAGUACACUUAUUGCUUUCGGGAAGUUGAUGCAUUAAAUUUCCCACGGUUAGGGUGGCUCAUCACAAACAUGAGUAUAUAAGUGCUCUUAACCUGGUAUGAAUCUAUGUGGUGGGCGCUGGUGGCAGCCAAAUUAGCCGUCGAUAUCCAAUUAUCCAAAUAUUGUGGUCUGGCUAGAUUGGUGAGUAGUACUCCUUAUAUAUCGAUUGUAAUCUAUACCUAAUAAUAAAGGGAGAAGCGUUUCCUUGGUUU